GGCCGAGACAAAUUUUGCUGAGUCUGGAGACCUGCUGUGUGGGCCCGAAUUGGCCAAUCGGCGAAAGCAAUGGAGACAAGGGAAAAGGGAAAAUGCCCCCACGUUAAAACUUGCCUCGGUGUAUGUUUGUCACCGAAUCUACGAUUACCCAUGAGCUUGGACGCAUCGGCACGAGGGGAUUGUUAAUCAUAAGUUUCUCGUGAUCAGACACUAGGCAAAUACCAAUGGCAGCUAAAUGGCUAUAUAUAUAAGGACACACUUUAUUGAGUAAAGGUUAAGUCCGUUUGACGUCCACGACGUCUGGACGUAUAGAAAUUUUAUAGGAUUGCGUUGCAAAACCUGCAAGAUUGAGAUGACGACGGCCAUGCCGCUCGCCCGGCCCCUGCCAAAGCGGAUGUAGCCGGAUGAUAUUCGGGAGCGCGGAACAUGUGAACCGUCAAGUUAGAAGGACGCACCUGAAAGCUUGGACCACCUUUUACCUUUCGCAUUUCUUAGAAUGGAGAACAUUGAAUGACUAGAAAUGUUUGACCCCACCAAAAUUUUUAGAAAUGAGAAAUCUCCAAGUCAACUUAUCUAAUCGCCAAAAACGACAUCACCUACAGACAUUACUACCUGUUUGCCUCCUACAGAGGGGUCAAAACGAGAACGCACAUUAAAUUCAUCAUACACCCGAUCAUUGCCGACAUUCAUAUUGCCAAGAAUGGGAGUCACUAACAAGCGCACACUAUCCAAGACCCGUCGAAAGACGAGGGAUCUCGACCAGAUCAAAGCCGACUUACGCUCGCCGAAACACUUAGCCCAGUUCAAGGCGACAAAGGCACCAGAAGAUCUACCAGACUUAGGCAAAUGGUAUUGCACCGAAUGCGCCAAGUGGUUCGAAAGUGAGGUAAACCUUGUUGUCCACAGAAAGGGAAAGCCGCACAGAAGAAGGGUCAAGCAACUUCGCGAAGAACCGUACACCCAGAAGGAAGCCGAGGCGGCUAUUGGCCUGCGUACCGACAAUGAAGGUCCCGACCGAUCUGAGCACAUAGCCGACAACGAAAUUACAAUGACAUGAAUGAUUGUAAACAUAUCCUACCCCACGAACUCCUAGUUAGGCACUUAUCGUGUCACUCGGCAAAUCCAUCGUGUUGCUGUCGAUCAGGCACAUAAUUGAGCGCAUUGCAAUGCGCUAGAAUAUGCAAUGUCAUUCAAGGCAUUCAUGAUUAGGCAUUGAGGCGAGGUCAAAUUCGCUCAUCUCAAACCACGAGCUCUCGGUCUGACGAGGCCGCUUGUGCGACCCCUCCCGGUUCCACCUCUUCCCCUCGAUUGCGUCCCGCCUCUCGACGUGCUAGGGAGACGAGAUUGGCGAGUUUCCGGAGUUGGAGUCGCAAACUUCUUGGGGGUCGGUUUAGAGACGGUUGGUGGAUUCUCUACGAAGGAUGUGUCUGUAGUCCUAAACAGAUAAUCAGAGUCAUAGCCUGGAGCUCUGGGCCAAAACCACCUACAUAAAUGUCGUCUCCCCGUCAA